CGAUCCCGAACCACCUGUAGUAUCAAGAUAAUCAAGAUCAAAAUAAUGUCAUCACCAUCAUUAUCAUCAUCAGCCAUUGUUGAUCUGAGCGAGGACAAGACAGGAAGAGAGGAAAACUGCAGCGACCAUAAGCUUUGAGAUACGUAAGAAGUUGGUGUCCAGGUGGGUGUGCUGUGUGGUGAGAGUGGUGGUGGUGGUGGUGGUGGUGACUUGAUGUAUAGAGUGUGAGCCAGGAUGAGUGAGUUGGUGGAGGAGGAGGGCUCUGGUGGCGGCAGUGGUGGUGGUGGUGUUGGUAGUGGUGGCGGUGGUGGCAACAUGUCGCUGGUCACCUCCGUCAAGACCUGCAUCUUUGUCCACACCACAGAGCGGAAGUCAAAGUGUGAGGAAUGUGAGAAAAAAAUCAGCCAGAUCAUCUCAAAUUAUUCCAGCGGCAAUGUAUUUGAGUGUGGCGAGUGUGGCAAGACCUUCGCACACAAACGCUCACUCACCAAGCACUGCGCCACACACUCCACACAGACCACUGAGUGCCACAAAUGCAAGAGGAAAUUUUCAGACAAGGAGGAGUUGGCAGAGCAUGUGACAGGAUGCAAUGCCCGGCCCAAGGACUGGCGCUGCGGUGAGUGUGGUAAGACAUUCGCCAGGAAGUACGACCACGAGAAGCACUGCCUCACGCACACCACUGACGCCGGCAGCUUCGCCUGUGAGGUCUGUGGUAAGACUUUCUCCCGUAAGAGUCACCGCGACAUGCAUUACCUCUGCCACUCUGGGGUGAAGGAGUUCGAGUGCUCGGUUUGCCGCAAGAUGUUCGCCCGGAAACACGACCUCAGUAAACACUUCCAGGUGCACACAGGUGAGAAAAACUUCAGGUGCCAGGUGUGUGGAAAGAAGUUUGCCAGGAAAGCCCACCUGGACGUGCAUAACCUGAUCCACACUGGCGUGAGGAACCAUCGCUGCCCACACUGCUCUGUGACGUUUGCUCGUAACAGUGACCUCAACAAACACAUCCUGAUCCACCUGGGGGUCAAACGCUACGAGUGCUUCUACUGUGGCAAGAGAUUCAUCAGGAAGAGCCACCGCGAUGUACACACAGUCACACACACGGGGGCGAAGGACUUUGUAUGUCUGCAGUGCGGGAUGCGUUUCAGCAGGAAGAGUGAUUUGAACAAGCACUCUGCAACACAUGCCAAGGAGAGUGCCCAAGUGUGACUCCUGUUUAUAUCAAGUUAUUUUGGAGUUUAAGGGAAUGAUAUAUACAUAAAGUCUGGUGUGUGUGUGUGUGUGUGUGUGUGUGUGUGUGUGUGUGUGUGUGAGUGUGUGUUUGUGUUUGUUUCAUAUAAUCUGCUUUAUUAAUUUUACCAAUAAAUUAAGUCUCGUGU